AUUAAUGUCUAAUUUCUUUGACAAGGUAAACGAGUUUGCCUAAUACCAUCCUAGAAAAUUAUCACACAUCUCGCAGAUGCGGCUCAUGCAACAGUGUAUUUGUCUCGCAGUAUGUCUUCUACUCUCGCGUUUAGUUCGUUGCCAAAAUCCACAAACACUGAAAAAAAUUUUAGAACUGGAAGAAGAUCGUCGUUUCUUGAAAGAGUCCGUUGCAAAAUUCGGAUCCCCUCAAGGCCCGAACUUUCGUUCGCUGCCCGGACCCGAAGUGGAACUGAACGACGAAGUACUCAAGGACAAUAUAUUUUUGCGAAAUGCAGGGAAUUUCACCUACAGAUAUCGUCAAAAGUCUCGCCACGUUACUUAUAAUGGUCGUUACGAAACCACUAGGACAACAAAAAUUAACGGUAAAGAAAUUUUAGUCGUUAGAGGUCAAUUCACUGAGGAGUUUCCGUGUAAAUAUGGCGGUGUGUACAUUAGGACUAUUGGGUACACCUUUGACGAAAACGGUUUUCGAACAUUUUUGAUCGAUGUGUCCAAGGUGGUUACUGAGGAAGUACCAAUAGCAUUAGAUAUUCCAGCAGCACCAGUAUCCAUUGCUAGUCGAAUGCAAUAUCGUGGACCAGCAUUUAAAAGAACUUCGUUUCCCACUUUGGCGGGUGGAGGUUUGGGAUAACACACAGGUGGAAAGAACAUUUUGCAGUACUAAUAAAUAUGUGAAUGCUUACUGUACAUUAUCAGUAGAGGAUUCCUUGCUGGUUGAAAUGUGCCAUUACAAGAUAUGUUGUAAUUAUUAGUACCUAGUUCAUUUAUAGUAGCUUUCAACGAAGAAGGUGGCAGAUUUCUGUUUAUUGUAAUAGUGAAAGUUUAGAAACAGUUGUUCGGUGAACAUAAUAAUCUGAGAUUUUUCAAAUUGAAGUACAUUUCUACAUACUCUGUAACCUGUUAUUUAUGGAAUGAAAUUUUCAAUAGGCUGUAUAGUGACAUAUCUAUUCUUGUCAUUUUAAUUACUCUGUAACCUGUUACUUAUGGAAUGAAAUUUUCGAUAGGCUGUAU